CGAAGGCGUGGAGUUCGGGACGCUGUCUAAUAAAUUCUCUUCUAGAAAAUAUUAUCACAAAACCACGUCGCGCUUUCAGAAUUUAAAGCUUCAAGAAGAGGGAGAGGAGGAAGAACCGGAGAGGAAACCUCGACGCGGCCCUAAGAACACCCCGUAUUGGUACUUCUUAAAAUGCAAGGCCCUCAUCAAAGAGGACAAGCUGGCGGAGGCUCUGGAGCUGUUUGAGGUGCAGAUGCUGAAGGAAGAGCGUGUGCAGCCAGAAGAAAGCAAUUACACCGUUCUAAUUGGUGGCUGUGGCAGGGUUGGCUACGUGAAAAAGGCAUUCAGGCUCUACAAUGAUAUGAAAAAACGAGGCCUGACCCCCACCGAGGCCACGUACACAGCCCUGUUCAAUGCCUGUGCUGAGUCGCCCUGGAAGGACUCGGGCCUGCAGAGCGCUCUGAAGCUACGGCAGCAGCUGAAGAGCAAAAAUGAAGAGCUGAACCUGCUCACGUACCACGCGCUGCUGAAAGUCUGUGCCCUCUGCUCAGAUCUCAGGAUGUGCUUUGAUGUACUGAAGGUAAAGGCUUGACUUUUCUUGCAU